AUGUCAGUUUUUUUUCAUAAAUGGUAACAAUUGAAACUGAUGCGCGUGUGGCGGGCGGUGUUGCGAAUAAAUGUUUUUGGCUUGAAUGGAUUUUAAAACAAAGGAAAUCUCAAAACCUGACAACUGUGCUACAAUUUUACUUGUUUCCGUGUUUUAAAAUAUUAAUUUAUCAGAAAAAAAGCCUUAAAGAAAACGUUGGAAACAAUAGGGGGAGAGAGAACAGAAAAAUAGAAAUAAAAAUUACAACUUCAGUGUGUGUGUCAUCAUCAUUGAGUGCUGGUUAUUGUUGAAUUUUCAAUUUGAUUGAAGUUUUUUCCCCUUUGUUAUAUAUUUUAUACGUACGUGUAUGCGUUUUUUUUUUUUUUUUUUUUUGCCUUUAUUCCACAAAAUCUAAAAGCAUAAAGCAAACACGUUUUUUGUUUUUAUUAAAAAAAGGAAAAUAUCCUAUAUAUAUAUAUAUAUACAACUAAAUAAAAUAUUGGAUUAAAUAGUAAUUUUCUACCAAUAAAAAGAAAAGCAUGUCAGAAACAAAAAGCUUUACCAGUAUUGAGACGCCCGGUUAUGUUGGCUUCGCUAAUCUGCCUAAUCAAGUGCAUCGUAAAUCGGUGAAAAAAGGUUUCGAAUUUACUUUAAUGGUUGUAGGAGAAUCAGGUUUAGGUAAAUCGACGCUGGUCAAUAGUCUAUUUUUAACAGACUUAUAUCCGGAACGUAUUAUACCGGAUGCUAUUGAAAAACAAAAGCAAACCGUAAAAUUGGAGGCUUCCACGGUAGAAAUUGAAGAGCGUGGUGUUAAAUUGAGACUGACCGUAGUAGAUACACCGGGUUUUGGCGAUGCCAUCGAUAAUUCGGAUAGUUUUAGUGCCAUACUCGAAUACAUUGAUGAACAAUAUGAACGUUUCUUACGCGAUGAGAGCGGUUUAAAUCGACGCAAUAUUGUCGAUAAUCGUAUACACUGUUGUUUCUAUUUCAUAUCACCUUUUGGUCAUGGCCUUAAACCCUUGGAUGUGGAGUUUAUGAAAAAAUUACAUUCCAAAGUGAACAUUGUGCCGGUUAUUGCCAAAGCCGAUUGCCUAACAAAAAAAGAGAUUCUGCGUUUGAAGUGUCGUAUCAUGCAAGAAAUUGAGGAUCACGGCAUUAAAAUAUAUCCGUUGCCCGAUUGUGAUUCGGAUGAAGAUGAAGAUUAUAAAGAACAAGUUAAACAAUUAAAGGCGGCUGUACCCUUCGCUGUAUGCGGUGCUAAUACUCUGUUAGAGGUAAAGGGGAAAAAAGUUAGGGGCCGUUUAUAUCCUUGGGGUGUAGUUGAAGUAGAAAAUCCUGAACAUUGUGAUUUCAUUAAGUUACGUACAAUGCUAAUCACCCAUAUGCAGGACUUGCAGGAAGUUACGCAGGAGGUACACUAUGAAAAUUAUCGUUCUGAUCGUUUAGCAAAGGGUAUUAAAAGUAAGGAGAAUGGGCUUAAACCGGAACGUGAUUCGAUAGUACCCGCUCAGAUUGUUGCCAAUAGCGUUUUAACGGAAAAAGAUCGCAUAUUGCAAGAAAAAGAGGCUGAACUGAUGCGCAUGCAAGAGAUGUUGGCUCAAAUGCAGGCCCAAAUGCAGGCACAACAAUAGAGUAAACUUUCACCCAUCAUCUUUCAGUUCAGCUUAAAAAAAAAAAAAAAAAAAAAAAAAAUUGGUGCCGAAUUUUUCAUUUUAACAAAAAUAUUGUAUUUUUCGCGUUUAUUUUAAUAUUCUCCUUAUUUUAGGCUUAUUUUACACUUCUUUUAUUUUAUACUGCACAAUCGGAAAGGAUUAUGUAGAGCGAAAAAAAUUGUUUAAGAACAUUUUUUUUUGAAAAAUCUACAUCAUCCUAUAUCUGCAAUAUUUUUUUUAUUUUUUUUAUUUUUUUUUUGUCCGAAAAUCCAAUUCUGCAUAUUUUGCAACAUUUGAUAUGAAAUAAAUCGAAAGUCAUUUGAUUUUUUGAAAUUUUUGUAAAAACAUACAUAUGUACACUACUACAAUUAUGAUAUGAACGAAUAUCCGGCAAUUAUUGAAUGAAAACACGUCCCGCUUUCCUAUAGUCAUUCAAUACGAAAACGAAACGUAAAGAAUGACACAAUAAUUAAAGCCCUCCUUAAAAAUUAAUUAUACAAUUUUAAUUUGUAAUCUUAUACAAAAAAAAGGCUUUGAUUAGACUUUCAUAUAAAUAAGUAAUAGAUGCACUCAAAAAGUAUGUAAUACGUAUAUUUGUGUUUAUAUUUUCGGCUCUUGAUUUCAUUUCCCUUGUCUUUAUAUAGUAAUUCUCUCAAUCUUAAGUAAUUUCAAUAAUUAAUAAUAGUUACUAUAUA